AUGGUAACUUUCUCCCAAGAGUCUUCCUCAAUAUCUGAUCGGAAGUUCAAGAACGAUAAACGAGUACUGUAUUUCAAUGCUACUAACGGUAUUAUCAAAUCCUUUCUCCUUCUCCUGCUGCUGUAUCCACGAUCACGAUGAAAGUCCUCCUCUUGUCUACAUGCACGAAGUAACUCGACCUAAGACCUUGAGUAUUCGAUCGGUCAAAUUCUUUUCUCACAAAACUGCCGACCUUAUUUCGCUACUCACGUUCUCCCUGCAGGAAAAAUUGCUCCUAACGUCCAAGACAGUGUUCUCUAAAUGAAUCAAUUUAAACAAUUAAUAUUUAAGAUAAUUUGCUGAUCAAUGAUGAUUAUAUUUGUACAUAUUAUGUACAAUUUAAUUUGUCGUUUGAUUAAGUUUAAUUAAAUUAUAUUCAAUGUUUAGGUAAAUAUACAUACGAUAAUAUGUAUAAUUUAAUUUUCGAUCUUAGGAGAGUGUACCAGAAUGACAAAAAUGUUUUAUUAACGAAAUCAAAUGUUUAGGCGAUGGAACAAUUACUUUUAGGUAUUUAAUAUUUCAAUACAAAUGUUUUGUACAUGUAAUGAAUGAGCUUAUUUAAAGAGGGAAACGUCUAUCAUUAGUAAUAAGAAGUAAGUGGAGAUACCGCUAUUACCAAGCGACUUCACAUUUCCAUAAAAUCACAGAGCUAUGAACGAAGCAUCAGUCGAUCCCGAUGUGAAUAAUCAGCCCCGAAUAACAAGGUGGCAUAAUCGCCGACGUGCAAUUCCGUCUCGUUCCGGCACUAUUCGCGGAGAGAAAGUCCAGCUAAUGCAAACGGAUCCGUAACAAUGCACCGAGGAACAGUCAAACGGAUAAUUGUUACACGAGCCCGUGCUCACGAGUACGAAUUCCUUUCCAUCUUUUCUCUCCUUUUUUUCCAGACACGUACACGUACAAAUGCAGGCAAAAAGUAAUCCACGAAAUCGAUCAGUCGGCACGAAAACAAUCUUUCUCGCCACGAUACAAACUUCCGAUUAGCCUAGAUUUGAUUCAACAAGCAGCGAUCUCGGAAAACGAAACACGGUCAAUUAGUCCGUAAAUCGGUUCCCCUGUUUUAUAUAUAUAUAUAUUAUUGGCAGAAACGAGUCUAUCGUUUCCAUCAUCGGUGUUCGACUCGCUCGUAAUCGUUCCCUCUCACGAAAUAUACCCACGAAAAGUAGGCCCAACCUUUCUAUCGACCACUUAGAUCGUCCGUUCAGAGGUUAAUUAUCGAUCGGUCGAUUUACACGACAUUCCAUUCAAAUUACAAACGAUCGAGCAAACGGGAGGGAAGUUAAAUGAAGAGAACGUGAAUGAGAUUGAAAUUUACGGAACGGCGUUCCGAAAUGAACGAAACAUUCGCUGAAGAUCGGCGAACGACCGGCCGGACUUGUCGUUACUUUGUUCAUUUCUCUCCUUUUUUCUCGCGUCUUUUCUCCGCGCAGGGUUCCACGGGACCCUGUACCGUUAUUUCAUGGUUCGGCACGCACCGGCGAACGAACGUUCGCUUCUUCUUUUCGCCUUCCUCGUGGCCCGUUGAAAUUCCCCGGAGUCACGGUCCGAUUAAAAUCACGCGUCAAAUUCGAGCACCGUUUGGUACGCCGUUAGAUCACACUGAUCUCGUACGAUCCCGAACGUGACGAAUUGAUCGUGGAUACUCGUGCAAAUUACUUUCAAGAAUUUAAUCGAGUUAAUGGAAUUUUGAGUAUCUACGAAUCACAAGGAAAAAAAGAAAUGGUCUUUCAUAUUUUUUCAGCUACGCCCGCAAAAUCACGUAAAAUUAUAUUUGCAUUGUAUUUUAGUGCAAAAGUGAAACAAGUUUUUUUCAUAUUUUAAAUGAAGUUUGUUAAACCAAAUAUGUGCCUUUAGCCAUUUUUGAGGUAAAAUCAUGAUCCCAUCAUUGUAGAAUUCCUGUGAUGUCUGAUAUCAAAAUUUCCAGACUGAAAACGCUUGAAGCUUUGUGAUGCAGCAUCGUGCCAUAUAAACGUUACAAAUUUUUUUAGCAACCUGAAUUGUAUUUCCUUUUUUGUAAUAAAAUUUCAAAAUCUAUCGAUUUUCUUCUUCCACGAUAACUUUCGAUUGAAUAACAAACGAAUAUACCACAACUUUGUUUUUCUUUAAUUAUUUUAUAUGUCAUGCAAUUAUUGCCAAAUAUUAGUAUCAGUAAUAUCAAGAAAAAAAGUCAAUAAAGUUUAUUUAAAAUUAACAAUACCUGUCUAUAUGUUUCAAAAUCUCAAAGUUUGCAAUAUCUUCGUUACAAUUACGGUUUAGACAAUUUUACGAAAAAUUGUAGGUGAUCCUAGUAUAUUCUCGAUCGAACUUCGAUUCGAAAGAAAAUUCUAAAACAGUGGUGAUUUCAAUAAUUUAACAAAGGAAAGAAACACGUCGUUCACACUAAACGAUAAUCUGAUGAAUAAUUUCGUCAAAAACUGCUGUUUGCUUGCAGAGUCCUCGAUCGGCGAUCAUCGUCAGGGUCGGGUGUCCCUUCAGGCCGAGCUGCCGUCGUCGAAGGCGAAGAGGGAGCAAGCGCUUCGCAGCAUCCUCGCAGCGAGAAGACGGCAGAUGUUCAGCCAGCGACAGAUUGAAUCGCGGAAUCUAAACCGUACGCCGAGACCGUUCGAUGGCUCUGCGAAAGACUCGUCGGAUGUUCUCGAGGCUCAAGAGACCAGGCACGGAAUGUACGUAACCGCGUCAGCUACCGCUAAACAGGAGGAAGAGACAGCCGGUAGGAUCCUUCUGCCGGGAUCAUCGAGCAGAGACGUGGACAUCGAGUUUGUGUCGAAGGACGUGGAAGCCGAGCAAACGACCGAGCAAAGUUCGACGAAACCGAGCAACGAAACUCUCGCUGUAUCCACUGUCGAAAGUAAACCAGUUUCCAGUAACGGGGAAAAAAGUGAUCAUUUGGUCGGUCAUAAGAACGUUUCUUCGACGACCUCUCCGUCAGCAGUGAGCAGUCAGAAAGCUCCCGACACUGAUGUUCGCAGGAAGAACAUCGUUUCCAUGCCGGAAUCUCUGUAUAAUUAUUUCAGGCCGGUGGAAAGCAACAUACCCAUCGAAGAUAUGUCGCAGUUUCUGUACUUCGGCCAGAAGAUCCAACCGGAAACGCAGAACACGACCGGGAACAACUCGGUGGAAUCUACGCCGACAGUGCCAACCGCGCCCAGUUCCCGAAGACGGUACUCGAUGAAGAGAUUCAGCGCCACGACGCUGGUGCCGGUGCCCAGGUUGGAGGAGAUCAUCAACGAAGAGAUGAACAUAGCCGUGGAAAGGCAGACUGUUGAGAAGAACAAGGUUUCAAAGAUCAAGAACGCGUUUCGAAGCCCGGAAAACGGUGUUUACUACAGGAAGAGCAGACCAACCACAGAGGGAACGAUCGUCUCGACGAACGUGAUCGCAGCAAAGGAGACGGGGAACAACACCACGGAGGUUAGAGCCGUAGACACUGUGGAUAAAUUUCGCGACGAUAACCCGUUCGCUCACGCUGACACGGUGGACCAGCUGCGGCGCGAGAGAGGAAGUGCCGCUACCCACGUGGCCGCUGAAACGAGGAAUGCGACCGACUCGACCCAGAUACCGUACGCGCAGCCUGUUUCCGCGAACGUGCGCGAGCACGCCGAAAGUGAAAUCGGCAUGAAAGAGCGUCCCGUGGAUGCCAACGAGCCCGCGACCGUCUCGACGACGUUGAACCGGCUGGAGAAUGCGAGGACGUCGAAGGGCUACAUGCGAAGAAGGAAGAACGACAGCGCCGAGAACGAAUCGACGCUCGUGGUGCAUGAGAAUCCCUCGGAGUUUAUGCACGAGGAGAUGUACGGAGAGCAAACGGAGAAGAAGAUACGAAGGAUCGACGCGAACGAUCAUCCGGACGUCUGGAAGGCGGAGGAAGCACAGGCAGACCAGGCGCUGGAGACCAAUUCCCGCGAGAGUAACAACAUCGAAAUUUCGACUUCCAGAGACAAGACCGGUCGGCCGACCACCGAGCCGUUUCGAAUCGCUUGGACGUCCCCUGAAACGUCCACCCUGCGGAUCAUCGUAACCGAGGGCAGUUUGGAGGAGAGUCUCGCGAUCGGUGCGGACGUUGCGGACAAGUAUACCGUUAAACCGGUCGAUCUCACGGAGGAACGAGUUCGCGGCGUCGCUUCCGGCGAUGUUCCCACUCCAUCGAGCACGAGUACAUCGACGAUCCCGUCCACGAGUGCAUCCACCGACGCGUCCACGAUUUCGUCCACGAGCGCGUUCGCUGGCGAGUCGCAGCAGCAGCAACAGCAGCAGCAGCACGUGUACGCUUACACGAUAACGAACGUGACGCGGCUAUUGCGCAACUACACCGGACCUGGGUUAAGCAGAGAGGAACAAGGAGGUCCAGAGCGGGGCACCGGUACGACCGAGAUAACGACCGGAUCAGCGCAGCGGCGUCAGCCACCGCCGCCGUCGUCUCUUCUGCUUCCUCGUGCCGGUAGUGGUAUAGAGGCUGGCCGAGCGCCGGCGGAACUCAGUGCCGGCACGACCGUCGAACCAGCCGCAGCCGGUGGAGCGUCCACUGUUCACCUGGUGGGGGAACGACAGAAGAAAGUGGUUGCAGCCGCGACGCAGCAGUCGCAGCAACAACGUGCGGUCAACAGAACGUCGCUGGUGCAGCUGACCGGCGUAAACAACAAGACUGGGCCGAGGUCAACGAAGCCAACGGAAACGAGCCACCAACGAGGCACCGUCCGCUGGAAUCACACUAAAGUCAGGAACACGGACUUGGAAGGUUUCAGCGGGGACAGGAGGUUCCUCAGGAAAUCGGCCAGCGCGGUGCUCAAUCAACGAAUUGGAACGAGCCCCGAGGAGGAGCAAGCUGCAUCGGUAAUUGGCAAGCGACGAAGGUUGACAAAUGGACAGACCGUGUCUUCUGCGAGCAGAAGGGUCAAAGGGACGAGCAAGAUCAGCAUAGAGGAGAGUUUGAUUAAGGCGAGCAACGGGUCUGAGUUUGGUUCAACUGGCGAUAAAGGGAAUUCGGAGAAGAAGGAUGUAGAGGAUGCGAUGGAUGAUCGAGGAUUUCGGCUAACGAGAGUUGACGCGAAUCGAACAUCGACAGAGGAUACAGUUUCGGAGACUAUGACAGCGGAUAGCGUCACGAUGCAGCAGAGAGUCUCGCCUGUCACAAUCUCGUUCGCUCCGUCCGUGGAGGAAACGAUCGAGUCCGUUACUCCUCAGACACCUGUGAAUGCCACGGAGGAGGAUGCGGGUAACCUGACGGAAGUGGUCACUCCGUUGAAUGGAAAUACGAACGUUUAUACCAAAGACGAGAACGUUUAUACCGGGUUCGGAAGUGAAAACGACAGUGUUCCCGCGAGCAAUGGGAAUGCCGCGAGUGGUGCGGAUAAUGCUACCGAGAACGGAAGUGGCUCGCCGACCGUGACAGUGACCGCGACGCCCGACGAAACGAUCGUGUCCAAAGAAACGAGCACCACGCCGAUGUCGGCGCCAGUUUUUCCGGUUACACCCAGAAUAAUCGCGGAAACCACUCGGCUGCCGCUCGAGAAGGAAACUUUCACCAUGAAGUUGACCAUGGAGUCCGUCGAUAUCAGAACCACCGAUACGUACAAACAGACGUCGAAAACGUCUAACCUAGACCCGUCGGAGAUUCAGAAAAUGUACAGAUCAAAGGACGCGACAACAACCACGACCACGACCACGACCACGACAACUGGCGCGACGGUUUCGAUCGCAACGACGGAAGCUCCAACAUUGACUGCGUCGACGAGUACGGUUCGAAUAGAAAUCUCUACCAUUCCGGAAAGCCAAAGUACGACCUCUGACUCGAAAAUACCGAGUUCGGAAGCGACACCUGACCGAUUUUCGACUUUGUGGGCAGUUGAAUCGGAAACUUCCACCAGUGGCUCGACAGGAUCUGGAAAACGAGUGCCAGGUGAAAGGUCACCGGAAGUCAGAGGUCGAAACCUGUCUGACAAAUCACAGGGCACGUCGUCCGACAAAGACGACGUGCUGCCCAUAAUGCAUUUGUACAACACCUCGGACAUUUUCAACAACACCGGUCCGACGAGCUCGUUCUCCCGCGGCACGGAACGACGAGCAGAGCUUCCGGCGAGCACGAGGCAACCGGGCACUGCGAGAACGACCGAGAAAACCAACGACACGGUUACCACUACGAAGAGUGCUACGAGCGAAACGAAUUCAACCCGUGUCCCAGAAACUACGAGAAAGGAUAAUAACAAACAGGAGGAAAGCCGUGAGACGACCACGCAGGUUCCACCGACGGGUCCAGGCAGAGGAUCCACGAACGGAAGUGGCAACAAUCGAACGAGACACAAGCCUACAUAUCACCACAUGAUCCUGCCGGAGUACAACACUUCGGUGUAUCCAAGCGAACUGAACAGGACGUUCUUCGAGAAUGAAUUGAUAUCGGUCAGUCCGAGGGAGUCGGUGAACAUCAGUGAAGUGAUAUCGAAGAGACACGACGGGGACGCCAUUGCAUCCCAGGAGACGGUCGCCGUGGUCAGCUACAUCCUGGCGACGCUGGUCGUCUUUCCGAUCGCCGUUGGCGUUGGUCUAAUCUUGAGAAGACUGAUACUAAGAAAUCGUAAGGUGCUGGAGGAGUCGGACACGUCGUCGGAAAUAAGCUGCCGGAAGGACGCGUUGAACCUUGAAAAUGGCGACUUCAAGACAUCCAUCGAGAAGGCGAUCACGAAGCUUCCGAGGAUACAACACUUGUGUCACGAAGCGGAGAAACCACCGCCUCCGUCGUCGCAAGAAUCCAGAUGGGAGUUUCCUAGAGAUAAGCUUAGGUUACAGACGGUCCUCGGCCAAGGAAACUUCGGCCAGGUCUGGAAGGCUGAGGCAGACGAUUUGACUGGCCAUCAAGGAACGACUCGUUUAGUGGCCGUGAAAACCGUCAAGGAAGGUGCUUCCGAACGAGAGAAGGAGGAUCUAGUUCGAGAACUAAAAAUUAUGCAGCAACUCGGCAGUCAUCCGAACGUCGUCACUCUUUUAGGUUGUUGUACGGAACAAGAGCCUCAUUACCUUAUACUGGAGUACGUGAUGUACGGGAAAUUGUUGGCGUACCUGCGCGAUCAUCGCACCAGGCAGGACUUCUACAAUUUCAGUGAAGACUCGGCCGCGCUCACCUCAAGAGACCUCACUGUUUUCGGAUACUGCGUGGCGAGAGGCAUGGAGUAUCUUGCGUCGAAAAAGAUAUCAUUGAUCUGCGAAUAUAAUCGACUCGUGUCCAACAAACGAUCGCCUCUGUCUCGAACGGAUGGACAGUUUCAAGGUCGAUUUCGAAAUCGUCAAGUUCACAGAAAGCACGCACGAGUUUCGAUCCUGAUCGACACCUGA